GUGUCCGGGUGGCACGUGUAACGUGACUAAGAAAAAGAUGCAUGCAUUGUUUAAUCACAAUUUUGUAACUGGACUUCUACGUUCGGUAUGGGCUGUUGGCUAACCUAAUUCGUGAAGCUGAUCGUAUUUUGCGAUCACGUAUCUGACGUGAACGUAACUACGGAAAAUAAACACGCAGUGUGAUUAUCAUCGCGUAAUCUUUUCAUUGCGAAGACUACAGGAAGAGAAUAUAAAUUAUAGAAAGUAACAGUUCGUUAUUACAUUGUUUACAAUGGCUGUGCCUAACAAGUGGGAGAAUGCUUGUAGAUUGUGCUCAGAAGAGAAAAAUGAAAUGCUGUCAAUUUUCGGUAACGAAGGUGUACAGCGUAAAGUGGCACAAAAGUUACGUGCUUGCCUGCCAGUCUUAGUAUACAAAACCGAUCCACUGCCAAAGCAAAUAUGUCAGUUCUGUGCUGCAAGGCUAGAUGACGUUUAUGAAUUUAGAGAAUACUGUUUGAGUGUUUAUAAAAGCAUGCACUUGAAGCUAUUAACUUAUAAAAAUGUUGAGUCUGUUCAGAUUUAUUUAGAAGCAAUGAAAAACUCCCCUGAUCCCUGUCAGGCCCAACUAUGGAGAGAAAAAGCUAGAGCACCGCCACCUUUAGUACCUUUGCUAAUUUCACUGCCAGUUGAAAGUCCAUCAAUACCAAUAGAUAUUAGUCAAGAGCAUCAAAACAGUUCCAUUGAAUCAUUACCUGAAUUACCAUGCGAAGUAGAAAUUAAAGAAAUGAAUACUGAACCAAUAUUAGAAGCAGGUGUUAACAUAUAUGAGCCACCACAUAAAAACAGUAUACAAGAUGAGUUGUGUAAUAAAUCAGAUGUAAUAGUAGAACAAAAUGCAAGUUCAUUAAAAGAUGAAAAUAACGACUUAAGACAAGGAGGACAAGUAAAAGAAGAAGAAAGGAGGACAAGUAUUUUAGAACAAGUACUAAUGGGUAGUUUAACAAUGAGUGACAGAAAAGAUUUGAACUCAGAAACAAAGCUAUCUUCUAAAUGGUGGUGUGCUCCUUGUAAUAGUUAUUACAAAACAAGGGAAAGUUUAAUGAAACAUAUGCAGUUACAUUGUCCAAGAAAGUAUAACUGCAGAAAGUGUUCUGCUUACUUUGGAUUAGUAGAAGACUUGGCUAAACAUGAAGCUACUAAUCAUUUGAAAGUAACAUUAGACUUUGAUAGAAGCGUUUUAGAUUGUGAUCAGUGUGAUAGACAAUUUGUAAGUUGGGAGAUGUUGAAGAAGCACAGAUUACGUGAUCAUUUAACUCAGAUAAAUGAAAUUGGGACCAAUACAUGGUGCUCUUUAUGCAAUAGAUUUUUUCCAAGUACAGAAGCUUAUCAAAAUCAUAUUCAAUUACACGAAGUCAGUAAUUACACGUCGACGAAAUCACUACAAUUAACAAAUCAACAAUCAAUAAAGAUUCUCAAAAGUGAGGAAUCUUCAAAAGAAGUGAAAAAGGAACAUUUUACAGAAGCUACUAAAUCACUUACAUGUCCUACUUGUGGAAAAAUUUGUACACAACAAAGUGCAUUAUCAAAUCACAUGCGUACUCAUGAACCAAAAAGACACAAAUGUGAUAUAUGCGGCAGAUCUUUUGGACUUUUUAUACGUCUAGCAGCACAUAGGAUGAGUGAACAUAGUCAGCAACCAACAAUGUCACCUGUGAUGGCUAGCGUUGAACAAGAAGAAGCACUAAAUGCUGAGAGGGAAGCUAAAGAGGCGAGGGAAGCCAGAACUCGCACAGCAAGAACUAGAACAUACUCAGAGAUGAUAGAAAGAGAAGAUAUUCCUAAUCAUGAAGAAUCACCUUCAAAAAGAAAUGUUCCAUUAAAUACUAAUGCAUUUAAAAAUGUAGCAAGAUGUGGUAUAUGUUUACAAUGGUUCAGUGAUCACACCACAAUGUUAACGCAUUUACAAACACAUUCAGAUAAUUACACUUGUAAAAAUUUCACUUGUCAUAUAUGUAAAAAAUCUUUUAAAGAAAAGUGGCAAUUAUUUAGGCAUGAGGUAUCUCAUAAACGAAAUGAAUCUGCAUCAGUGUACAUAUGCACAGUAUGUAACAAAUCAUUCGUAGACAAAAAUGCAUACAAAACACAUCAGAAAACGCACAUUGUUGAUAAAACAUAUCAUUGUUCAAAGUGCAAUAAAAUAUUUUUCAAAGAAGUAUCUCUAUUAACGCAUCAAUGCACAGCAGAAGCUGUACUCGGUAAAAAAGGAGUUUCUUCAAAGACUUCACAAAAAUCUGCAUCAUUGAGCAACAGCAAAAGGUAUAAAUGUUCCAAAUGCAAUGCAUCUUUCAGUAGUUUUCAAUCGAAAAACUCUCAUAUGAGGGUACAUAUGGAAAGUUCACAUACAACAGUGCGGAAACAAGAUUUAAAGCAAGAAUCAGAAGAAGAAGGAGAAGAAGAAGAAAGUAUGCCUAAAUUAAUUCCUGAAACUUCAUUGGAAUACUCCAUUCCUCCCAUUGAACCGAAAAUAGAAAUAAAUGAAGAAAGUACACCACCUCCUGUUAAACGAACCCUAAUCAGGACAACUGGCGGGUAUCGAUGCGGGGUAUGUCAAUCUCCAUUUGUUUUACGGGAAUUAGCUGUUGCACAUUUGAGAUCUGCACAUCCUCUUAUGCCAUAUCAAUGUCCUUACUGUAAAAAGCGAUUUACUACACAAUAUACAUUCACGCAUCAUAUUAAAACUGAUCAUCCUGAUGAGCACGAGAAUUGAAUUGUACAAGUUAACAUGCCAAACGAUUAUUAUACCAUAAAAUAAUGCCUUUGAAAAUGGGGUAACAUCUGUUUAUAUA